UACACAGUCUCAUAAUUGUUCCUAAUUCUGCAUGAUCACAAUGCUGCAUGUGUGCUUAUGAUGUCUCCUUCCUUACUUUUGCCUCCUUUGUUCUUUGUAUCGUGCUGUCUUCUAUUGAGUAGUGGGCUUUAUCAGCAUGGAGAGUAGGUUCUCUCUCUCUCUACGAUCUACCUGCCUAAAAUUUUCAACAUAUUCUUUUAUUUAUAGAGUGGUCUUUUGCAAAAUGAGAAGGUAAGAGAUGUGCACGGCUCAGUAACACCAUGUCCACACUGCCCCCCCACCACCACCACCACCACCAGCUUCCUCUGUCAGAACCAAGCAGUGGUGCAGGGAUGUUACUGCAGGAGGUUUCACUCAGACAGCCUCCAUGUUAGACAUCAUGGCCCCCCGGGGAGGGCUGCUAAAGCUACUCUCUAUGUUACACAUGUGCUAUUUAUAGUCGCAUGAUAUUUAGGCUGCAGGGUUCUCUGCUAGAGGAGGAAAUAUCAGUGGAAAUAGGAUAUUUAACCCUGCAACGUGGGUAUAUGUAGAUAAAGUGAAUACUUGGAUGACAAAUAUUGGAUUUUUCUCAUUCUAUUCUAUUAAAUAAGAUUAUUUAUUCGUCCCACAGCGGAGACAUUUACAGCAGCUGGGUUUACAAAAAGAGUAGAACUACAUAUUACCUAAAAAUAUAAGCACACGUUAUUAAAGAGGCCAUAUUUUACAGAGGAUUUCCUUUUCCUGUAGUGCGUUUAUAUAGGUUUUUGUGCAUGUAAAUGGUCUGCAAAGGCUACAAUUAACUGUAUUAAAAAGUAAGUGAACAUAUACAAGUAUUGAAAGAGCAACAAGGUUAGCACAUUGUGUAUAAAGUGUAAAUAAUAUCAGUGCAUGUGCAUCAAAAAGUGCUUAUUCUCCUUGCGAUGUUGAAAAGAAAGGAUGGAUAAUCUAUCUCCAGCAACUCCAAUCAGUGUGACCUCCUAUAGCAUUUUAAAAUGAAUUAAACCAGCGUAAUAUUCUUUAGCACAAGCUCAGGAUAUACGUUUUAUAUAGGUUUAGAGAGAGACUAGAUCCUUAACAGCACAACACAUCCCGUUCUGGAAGGACUGGUUGGUGAGGCAAUGAUGAGGUUUGGUGGUUUACAAUGUCCUGGUCUCCCCUGAAUAUUUCCGCUGUUAUCUACCAGAGGAACACACUGUGAGACGGCGCUUUUUCUCCCUCUGCUCCCCACAGAUGAGAACUUCCUUCUCAAACACGACAAAGCCUACCUGCUGUCAAUGGCCAACCGUGGGAAGGACACCAACGGCUCCCAGUUCUUCAUGUGAGUUUCACUUUGGAAUCAAACCCCUCUGCACCUUUGAAUAAACCCCUCACUGACAUUAUCUAUUUGUCCCUUUUGAGUCUUGAAUUUGCCAUUGAGUGACAAAUUCUCCUUUGUGCAGUUAGAUUUUCAAAGUGCACAGAAACAUGGAUUCAUUAUUUUUUUUACCUACAAAUGUGUUACAUUUUUUCUCUUGCCGUUUUUGUGUAAAAUUUACAGAAUCUCUAGCAUCCUGCUCUUCCAAGGUAAUGUGUCUCCAAGGCUGUGUUUCUCUCUCUCUCCUGACUGUAUUCAUCUUUAAGUAGUUUAUUAUAUUCUGCUAUCAUGUUUUGGAACAACAUUCACAAAGUGGCUUGAGGUAGACUUCACUAAACACACCUAUAAGUUAGAAAUACAUAAAGGAGGAAAUGUCUACAGACUGUCUUCCUCUGUAUGAUCCUUUUAUGGUCAUACUUGCAACUAUUAUAAAAAGACAAAAUCUGCACCUAUUCUCUGUGAUUCUUCAGUAGCACCCACACUUUGUUGAAGGUCCUUGUUUAUCCUCAUUCCUCUCCUUCUUUUCUCCUCUUUCCAUGACCCUGCCCUUGGUUGACCUUCCUCGCACAAACAGCACAACCAAGAUGGCGCCUCAUCUCGACGGAGUCCACGUGGUCUUUGGCUCGGUCAUCUCCGGCUUUGAGGUGAUAAAGAAGGUGGAGGGGCUGAAGACGGAUUCAGCCAGCAGACCCUACGCCGACGUGAGAGUGAUGGACUGCGGACAGCUCUUCACCAAGUCCGCUAACGACGUUCUUGAAGGAAAGAGGAAGAGAAGCUCCCGUUCUGCCGACUCGUCCUUCUCUUCCCACGACUCGUCCUCUCAGUUCUCCUCGUCUGAAAAUGAAUCGGAUGAAAGGCACAAACAUCGAAAGCACAAGAGACAUGCAAAGAGCAAACGCUCCAAAAGAAGGAGAAUGGAAUCAAAGAAGAAGGAGAGCACUGAUGUUCUGCCCUGCAAGCAAAGCUCUCCCAGUCCUGUGGAAAGAGAGGUGGAGGCGGAGGUGGAGCAGUGCGGGAGGAGGGAGAAGCUCACAGUCCGACCAGAGGAGAUCCCACCUGUACCAGAGAACCGCUUCCUGCUGCGACGGGACGUGCCAACCCAGGAAGUGAAGGCAGAGAUUGUUGAACAAGAAGAAACGUGUCCUUCAUCUGACCUGAAACCUUCAGUCUCCAAGUCUGGACGGAAGAUUAAAGGCAGAGGAACAAUGAGAUAUCACACCCCGACGAGGUCCAAGUCCCGCUCUGCGUCAGUGGAGGAACGGGGCAGCAGUGAAACGCCGCCUCACUGGAAAGAGGAGAUGAAGAGAACCAAAGUGUAUCAACCGCCCAGCGUCGAGAGAUGGAGCAAAGGAGACAAAUUGAAUGAACAUUCCUCAAGCAGAUGGGACAACAGGAGUGAGUCUGCAUGGUCCCGGUCUGCAGAUCAGUCCUCGGACCGCAGCUCGGAGAGGUCCAGCCUGCAGCGGCAACCGAAGAAGGAGAAGAAGAAAUCUAAAAACAAGAAGAAGUCCAAGAAAACGAAACGCGGGAAGAAGAAGAGCUCCAAGAACAAACCUCCUGAGCCUGUCCCGACAGUGAGUGAAAGGCCAGCGUCUUCAGAGAGGAAGUCCAGAGGUUCCCGCUCAUCUUCAAACCAGCGAGACUCCUCAACUCAGAGGAGGCGACGCUCCUCGCUUUCAUUUAGAGAGUCAAGGUCUAACUCCAGAUCCUACUCCAGUCAGUCCAGAUCCAGAGGGAGGUCUUACUCAAGAUCCAGAAGCCAUUCUAGGUCCAGAUCUUUCUCUAGAUCCAGAUCUCAUUCCUAUUCUCGAUCCAGAUCCAGGUCAAGAUCCAGCUACAGAUCUUCAUCCAGGAAGAAGCGUUUGUCGAGAUCCCCGAGGAAGAGGAAAGCCAGUAAGCCCAGUGUAGCCCCCGUGAUGCCCGAGAAGCUUCCAUACAGCAAAGCCCCGCCUCUCCCCAGACUCCCGAGUGUCCCGGGUUCGGAAAGUACCCCCGUGAUCCCGAUGAGCGAUAGCCCCCCGCCGUCGCGCUGGAAGCCCGGUCAGAAACCCUGGAAGCCGUCUUACAUCCAGGAGGUAAAAACAAAAGCAGCCCCCAGCUCUUCGUCUGGACCUCCUGCAGCCGGUGUUAAAGAGAAAGUUCAGACUGCUGUUACACCGAAGGGUCUGCCGGACGACUCUGAAGUCCACAGGUCCUGCAGUCGCUCCAGGAGCAGGACUUACAGCAGGUCCUCCUCCUACAGCAGAUCAGACUCUGACACCCCCCAGAAAGCACCGAGCAACAAGAGGAACUCACUGGACAAGGAGUGGAAAGAGUACUACAGCUCUCUGAAGAGGGUCAAAAACUUAGAUAAGUGCAUUUCACUCGCAAGUAGUCAAGAGGUUAAGUCGGGAUCGAAUAGUCCGGAUGUCUCAAAGAGAUCGCAGGAUCAAGAGGGGAAGCAGUUCAGCCCGGUACCUGUAGAGGCCAGGUCAGAAUGGGACAGUGACGCUGAUGGUAACACUGGUGCUCGGUCAAAGAAGCAGAAGCGAGCGGUUCAGUCCCGGGAAGUCCUCGAUAAGAAGUCGUCUGCAUGGAAUUCUGAAAGUGAUUCUGAUAAUGUCACAGCCAGGAAUUUGGCUAUCUCUGAGAAAGAGGAAGGGGAAGCUAGUUCAGAGUCAGAGUGUGAGACCUCCAGGAAAGCUCCAGAAGAAGCGGCUGUACAAAAGAUCCCACCUGCUAAAGGUCCCGUGGAGGUCGCGGAGAAACACAAGAGCAAGAAGAAAUCCAAGCGUAGGCACAAACACAAGCGGCGACACGAGAGCAGGAAGGACAAAGGGAAGAGAUCCAAGAGGAAACACCAGAAGCUCAAAGAGACGUUUCACUGGCAGCCUCCUCUGGAGUUCGGAGAGGAGGAAGAGGAGGAUGAGUCCAAACAUAGACAGAAACAAAGUCCUGGGAGAGGUGUCAAAGAAAGACCUUUAAAAAUAACCUCUAAUCCUAAAGAGGAAAAGGACAGGCUCCAACAGAGAGCGAAGGACUGUCUCAACAAGAACCAAAAACACACUCACCUUCAGGCGUCCAACAGGAACGGUGCUGAGUUACCCAACAUCAAACAGCAGGAGUCUUUAGACGAUAUGGACAUCUGUACGCCAGAGCAUGACGCUGACGUUGUAGAACCAACAGAUCUUUCUAAUAACGCACCUGAACUAACCCUAAAACCUACCUCAACAUCUCCAGAUAACGCUUUACCUCCAAGCAGAGACACUUCUGUCAGCUCCUCUGCUGGACUGCAAGACGAAACCACUGGAAACCCUCCCGUCAUCAACUUGAAAUGGAGGCCUUUGAAAGGAACGUCAGCCCUACAGAACAUCACCGUGCCGCCCGUCAGCGUGGUGAACGUCCAGGAGAUCCAGAACGCCUCGGCGCAGGCGGUGAAGAUGGAGAUAAAAAGCCAGAGCCGGGUGCGACCGGGGUCUUUGUUCGACGAGGUGCGGAAGACGGCGAGGCUCAACCAGAGGCCGAGGAAUGAGGAGAGCUCCAGCGAGGAGAGGUCUCCGUCCGAGGGGACAACACGAUCCCCGAAGAAGUCCCGCUCCAGAGGCUGGUCCCGAUCCUACAGCCGGUCCAUGAGCCGGUCCCGCAGCUCCAGCUACUCCUCCAGGAGUCGCAGCAGGAGUCGGAGGAGACGGGGAAGAGGGCGGUCGCGCUCUCGUAGUAGCAAAUACCGAACCUACAGGAGUCGCAGUCGAACGUACAGUAGAAGUCAUUCCAGAAGCCGCUCGUAUAAUCACCGUCGGAGAUCCAGGUCAGACUCCUACGACAGCUAUUCCAGUCGGAGUCGGAGCGCCAGCAGGAGGCGAGGGCGCCGGAGAAGCCGCAGCUACAGGAGCUCAGAGCGCCGGUCCCGGUCGUACCGCUCCUCCAGUCGCAGCUCGUCCCGCAGCAGCCGCUACAGCUGAGAGGAAACUUAAACCCGAGUCUGGACACUGGGCAAUUAGUGUUAACAUGACACAUCAGCAGCUAAAGCUCAGAGAGGAAGAGUUGUCCCUUCUUGUUUAUAAUGGACUGUAUGAAUGUUAAUAAGUGAACAGGCAGGUCUUCUAAUGAAGGGACUGUCAAAGCUGAGAAAAUAAAGUAUAAGAACAUUUUGUAAUGAGAUCUUUUAUAUUGUACAUUUGUUAUUCCUUUUUAACCUCUCUUUCUUACACUGAUAAUUAUUAUACUGUACGUGUCUAAUCCGCUCAUUUCUGAGUGUUUCGGUUGAAGUUAUUCCUUAAUUUCCUCUUUAAAAGGUUACUGUUUUAUGGGAAAUCUACUUUUUGUAGCAGUGUCGAGCUUUAUUCAAGCUGUGAUUUAUGUUUGUACCAUUGUUUAUUACUGUAUCACGAAUGUUAAAAGCUGUACUCAAAGUAAAGUCUGUCUGAUUUACAUUUUAAUCAAACAGUUCUGAAUGUUCAUGCUGAAUAAAUACAAACAGCAUAUUAAA